AUGCUCGCCCGCGGGAAGGGCUCGUCGGCCGCGCUCGACUCGUCGGACGUGGCCGCUGCGCUCUAUGGCGCCAGCAUCUCGGACCUCGAUGGCACCUUGGCCUGCCUCAACCUCGACGAGUAUGCUGCCUGCAUGGUCUACCUCCUGACGGCCAAGGGCAAGAAACUGCCGCGCGUGGCGUCGAGCCGCGACGAUGACAUGCAGGUCGACUCGGACCAUGCAGCGCACACCAAGUACUUGCUCCAAGUUGGCCAACUCCUGGCUCGCAUGCCCAUGCCCGUCGAGGCCCGCGAGUUCCGCAAGCUUGCCGAGCUCUGCAAGGUCGCGGCCAAGCACGCGGUCGCGUGCAACGAGGCUAUCCGCCUCGUGCACCCGCUCCGCGCGUUCGUCCAGCGCUUCCAGGAUGCUACGACGCCAUGCGACGCAAAGCUCCAGCAUGGGAACAUGUACGCGCUCACGCCGUUCCAUUCGGUGCUCGCGCUCGUCGCGCUGCACGCCAAGUGCUACCACGCAGCAACGCCGAUCUUGAACCGUCCUGUCUUUGAAGUGACCCCCUUCACGCGCGUUGUCGACGUCCUCGAGUACUUUUACUAUGGCGGCAUGCUCUACGUUGGUCUCAAGAAAUUUCGCGACGCGGCCGAAUUCUUCCUCCUCGCCAUCACGACGCCGGCCCACUCGCUCAGUGCGAUCGUCGUGGAAGCGUACAAGAAGUACGUGCUCGUGUAUUUGAUUGUGCACGGCGACGUGCCCGUGCUCCCGAAAGCGACGUCCGUCGUCGUCUCGCGCGGCCUCCACACGCACGCGUCUGCGUACGAAGCCUUUGCGUCUGUCUUCAACUCCAAGGACCCGAAAAAGGUCGUCGAGUGCAUGCAAGCGCAUGCGGCCGAGUUUACAAAGGCCGACAACUUUGGCCUUGUCAAGCAGUGCGUCGAGGCGCUCAAGCAGAAGCGCGUGCAGGACCUCACGGCCACGUACACGACCGUGUCCUUGACCAAGGUCGCGAACGCGCUCACUGUCGCCGAGGACAUCCCGAGCACGAUCCAGGACGCGGAGCGCAUCAUCAUGGACAUGAUCCGAGCGGGCGCGAUGGCGGCCAAGAUGGACAAGACCAAGGACAUGGUGGUCUUUGAGGAGGACACGACCGACGACCACGUGCUGGUCGAGAUGCAAACCGCGAUCGCUAAGACGAUCCUCUUCACAGAGCGUCUUCGCGACGCCGACAUUGCGCUCACAAAGAGUGCCAAGUUCAUUGGCAAGACCAAGGGCCGCAAGCAGCCCGAGAUGGAUGGCCCGGAAGACCGUUGGAUGUCGAUGAACCAAGAAGGUCAAGGAACCACCAUGUAA